AUGCGCAAGGUCAAGGCGGCCCUCAUUCAGAUGAACCUGAAAGGGGACCCGGCUACCGAUUCCAUCGAGACCAUCCGCGACAACAUGAUCGCGGCCCACAUGCCGCUGAUCGAGGAGGCGGCGCGGCAGGGCGUGCAGGUCCUGGGGCUGCAGGAGGUGUUCAACGCGCCCUACUUCCCCGCCACCAUCGACGACAGGUGGUUCGAAUCCGCCGAGGCGGUGCCGGACGGGCCGACAACUCAGGCGAUGUGCGCGGCGGCGAAGACGCACGGCAUGGUCAUCGUCUCGCCGGUCUAUGAGCGCGAUCGCAGCGGCACGCUCUACAACUGCGCCGCGGUGAUCGAUGCGGACGGCAGCUACCUCGGCAAGUUCCGCAAGAUUCACAUUCCCAAGAUCGAUGGCUUCGACGAAAAGCACUAUUUCGCAGGCGGCGACCUCGGCUACCCGGUGUUCGACACCGCCGUCGGCCGAGUGGGGGUCUAUAUCUGCUACGACCGCCACUUCCCCGAGGGCUGGCGCGCGCUCGCGCUGAACGGUGCCGAGCUGGUGUUCAAUCCGUCGGCGACCUUCCGGGGCGUGAGCGAUCACAUCUGGAACCUGGAGCAGGUGGGUGCGGCCAUCGCAAACGGCAUCUUCAUCGGCACCAACAAUCGGGUCGGCACCGAGCCCAGCCUCGGCAACCACGUGUUCUACGGCUCCAGCUACUUCUGCAACCCGCGCGGCGAGAUCCUGGCGCAGGGCGGCGACCAGGACGACGAGCUGGUGGUCGCCGAGCUCGACCUCGACCAGAUCCGCGAGGUCCGCGACACGUGGCAGUUCUUCCGCGACCGCCGGCCCGAGACCUACCGGCACUGCGCCCGGCAGCCGUAG